AAUGACAGCGUCUUGUGAUCUGUCCUCCUCGUCUUCCCCGCCUUUCCUCCGCCGCGUCGCCUCCUCUAUCUCUCAUCCCAACCUAGAGAGAGAAAGCAGCAGCCGCGGCCGCCGCUGUUCGCCCUGCUCCUCUGCCAUGGCUGCUGCCGCGGCAAGGUGGGCCCCGGUCGUCGGCCUAUUGGGCCUCCUGCUGCUCCCGUUCGCGCCUGCUCCGGCGGGAGCCGCAACGCCCGCGAGGUCGCCGCCGUCGUCGGCCUCCUCCGCCGUGUUCCUCCUCAGCGGCGAUGUCUACCCCACCGGGCAUUACUAUGUUACUAUGAACAUUGGGGACCCAGCGAAGCCGUACUUCCUGGAUGUCGACACCGGCAGCGACCUCACCUGGCUGCAGUGUGACGCUCCCUGCCAGAGCUGCAACAAGGUGCCACAUCCGUUGUAUCGGCCAACAAAGAACAAGCUAGUACCGUGUGCAAAUUCAAUCUGUACUGCGUUGCACAGUGGAUCUAGCCCUAAUAAGAAGUGCACCACACAACAACAAUGUGAUUAUCAAAUUAAGUACACCGACAAGGCAUCUUCUCUCGGUGUGCUUGUUAUGGACAGUUUCUCACUGCCCCUGAGGAACAAAUCCAAUGUUCGUCCGAGCCUCAGUUUUGGCUGUGGAUAUGACCAACAAGUGGGGAAAAAUGGUGCAGCACCAGCAACAACAGACGGCUUGCUUGGGCUUGGUAGGGGAUCAGUUAGCUUGCUCUCACAGCUCAAGCAGCAAGGGAUCACCAAGAAUGUACUCGGCCAUUGUCUCAGCACCAGCGGAGGGGGAUUCCUCUUCUUUGGGGAUGAUAUGGUUCCCACUUCACGCGUAACUUGGGUAUCCAUGGUCCGGAGCACGUCUGGGAAUUACUACUCACCCGGCUCAGCAACACUGUACUUUGAUAGACGUUCACUGAGCACGAAGCCCAUGGAGGUUGUAUUUGACAGUGGUAGCACAUAUACAUACUUUUCUGCGCAGCCAUACCAAGCAACUAUUUCUGCGAUCAAAGGUAGUCUCAGCAAGUCACUUAAACAGGUUUCAGAUCCUAGUCUUCCUCUGUGCUGGAAAGGGCAGAAGGCAUUCAAAUCUGUUUCUGAUGUUAAGAAGGACUUCAAGUCAUUGCAAUUCAUCUUUGGUAAGAAUGCGGUCAUGGAUAUCCCUCCUGAAAACUACCUCAUUAUCACUAAAAAUGGGAAUGUGUGCUUGGGCAUCCUUGAUGGAUCUGCUGCUAAGCUGAGUUUCAGCAUAAUUGGAGACAUUACAAUGCAGGAUCAGAUGGUGAUAUAUGAUAACGAGAAAGCACAGCUUGGUUGGAUCCGUGGAUCAUGUAGUAGGAGCCCCAAGUCUAUUAUGUCUUCCUUUCCAUGAUCAUCCCUCACAUUUGAUCCAUGAGCUGGACAUCCGCUUAAUCAUAAUUGGAUGUAUCACUGAUGGAGUUGGAGAAAGUUAUUGCUAGCCUCAAGUCACCAGUACUGUGUAAGUGAAGAAUGACAAUCUGUUGCCAUCCAAAUAAAGUCUGUACUCUUAAACACAAAUGGAUGGAGAAAUAAGAUGAAAUGAGAGAAGGAUGAGCAUGUAAUAGUAAUAGAGGCUGAUAACAAGGCACUAACCUGUAUUCUCCUGUUCAUGGUGAAUAAUCAUGUGCCAUUUAUUUGGAACCAAAAUUUUGGAUGCAAAUAGGUGUUUUUAGUGUUAAGCUAGAUUGGUUUCGUAGUUGAAUACCACAACUAGAACAUACAGGUAGCAUUGUGAGUUGGCCUUUUGUGACUGUAAAUUUUCCAGGUGAGCAGUUCAUGUAGUUAGACUAUAGCUUCAAGAUGAAUGACACUGUUUGCAGAAACUACUUUGGUCUCCCUGUUUCUGGCACAGAGAUGACAGAACAAUAAAAGUGUCUUUUGGAGUGAA